AUGAUGGUGAACUCGUCAUCACGUCAGGAUGAGCGUUUUCUAAGCCGCAUGGCUACACCACGUGACCUACCUACCUAUAGUGGAGACUGCAUUGAGUGGUUACAUUUCAAAAGUGCAUACCAGGAAUCAACAAGAGUGUGUCAAUUCAGUGAUUCAGAAAACCUUUGGAGGUUACGUCGUGCAUUAAGAGGUGAUGCUAAAGAAGCAGUCACCGAUCUGUUAAUCGGAAACACUUCGCCUAGUGACAUCAUGUCUGCGCUGGAGCUGAGGUUUGGCCGUUCCGAUAUUAUUAUACAAUAUAUAACUACACAGAUAAAAAAGUUACCACCUUUACCUACAAACUAUCAACAAGAUAUUGUUAAUUUUUCGAUUAAAAUAAAUAAUUGCGUUGCUACACUUAAUACAUUGAAAUUGCAUGAUUAUUUGCGUAGUCCUGAACUGGUGUCAGCAAUAGCAUCGAAAUUACCAAGCAUACUAAUUAGUAAAUUUACUGAUUACGCAUUUGAUCGCUUAUCGGACGGUACACCUAAACUUAUGUUAUAUGCAUCAUUUUUAAAACGUGAGGCAGAAAUGAUAUCGGCAAUCAGUUUAUCACAACCGCGAGAACAAAAGAAACUCGACGUGCCUACGUCAUAUAGCAAGCGAACAGAUGAGCGCUAUCGCCAUAACUAUAAUAAUAAACAAGUGGUAUUUACAACAACGGCUGUUAAUGAGAAUAAUUCUAAAUUAUGUCAGUUUUGUAAGAAAUGUCAACACUUAUUGCCAGAUUGCAGAAUAUUUAAAAGGGCUAUGCGCAGAGACCGAUGGUAUUUUGUAAAAAAUAACAAAUUAUGUUAUUGUUGUUUACUCGCCCGGCACGAUCGUAGUAUGUGCGCUGCACCUAUGUGUGACAUAGAUAACUGUGGGCUGCCGCAUCAUCGAUUAUUACAUUAUAGGAAGCCUGCCCACACAGAUAUGCAACCAGUAGCCUCUGUGGAGAUAUCACCACCACAAUACGAAUCAUCAUCAGGCACGGACGCGACCAUAGCCUACGUGGACUCCGCUACGAACGUGAGCGCGCCCGGUCACCUGAGCCGCGCAGACUCGGACGCGGUGACGUCAUGUGAUGUGAUGCUAAAAAUAGUGAAAGUUAAGUUAAGUGGACCCAAUGGCACAGUGAGUACUUAUGCGUUACUAGAUGAUGGAGCUUCUAUAUCAAUGAUCGAUUCUGUUUUAGUUAAUGAGCUCGGUCUUGAGAGUUUAACUUCUAGUUCUGUUAAAUUUAUUGAUGCUUUUGGUGUAGAAGUCUAUCAAUCUGAUGCUCCUAAAGUUUGUUUACGUAUUUCUGGUCAUGAUAACUGUAACUAUAAUAUAACUUUACGUAAUGUGUCUGCAUUAAAAUUACCUAUGCAAAAUUUGUCCGUAAUAAAUAAUAUUCAUUGUAAACAUUUGUCAUCUGUGAAACAAUUUGUAUGUACUGAAAACGUAGUGCCUCGUCUCUUAAUAGGUGAAGAUAAUUAUUUUCUUUUGGCGCCACUUGAAAUAUUGCAUGGAAAUAAAUUUGAACCCUAUGCAACGCGUUGUCGUUUAGGCUGGUCGAUACAUGGCAAUUAUAGUCGCUCAAAUUCGUCAUUAACACUGGGGCAUAGCUUCCACGUUAUGCACAGCGACGAGGUAAGUGAAAUAAAUAUUUUAAAUGAUUUAGUUCAAAACUCAUAUAAACUGGACUGCAUUGGAAUCUCGACCUUAUGUCGUGAGAAUACGGCCGACUUGAGAGCGGUCAACAUAUUAGAUCAGACCGCGCGUAAUGUAAACAACAGGUGGGAAGUAGGAUUGCCAUUUGUUAAGGAUGAAUUAUAUAUACCAGAUAGUUAUAACUACGCACUGUCGCGCUUACAGGGGUUGUUAAGAAAAUUCAAAACGGACAGCGCGUACGCAGCUAGAAUUCCAGAUAUAGAGAACCAUACAAGCUCCUUGCUGGACCUUCUGCUGACAACACACCCGGAUGGAUAUACCGUCAGAGUGGAUGCGCCAAUUGGCUCAUCCGACCAUUGUCUUAUCCGGGCUGAUGUCCCCAACACUCGACCUGAUCCACCCCGUCCUAUUGGACGACGUCGCGUGUGGCACUAUAAGUCAGCAGACUGGGAUGGAUUGCGAGAAUUUUAUGCAUCGUACCCGUGGAAGCAGCUCUGUUUUGCAUCACAUGAUCCUAACGACUGCGCAAUUGCCGUUAGCGAGGCUAUCAUUGAAGGUAUGAAGCUAUUUAUCCCCAACCCGCUAGUGGCAAUGGGAUCGAAGAAGCGUCCGUGGUUUAACCGGUCUUGUAAGAAAGCCAGAUUUGCUCAGCAAGCUGCAUACAAGGCUUGGACUACGGCUCGCACUAACUCUGAUCCUGAAAUCAGUGAUGCAAAGCGCAAAUUAAAUGCUGCUUCGAGGUCCAGUAAGAGAGUAAUUGCCAGAGCCAAAUUUGAAUUUGUGGGCAGAAUUGGUAGGCGACUAUCAAGCCUUCCUUCUGGUAACCGUGCUUUCUGGUCGCUUGCUAAAGCUGCCCAAGGAAACUUUUGUCAGUCGUCUUUUCCACCACUUCGGAAACCGAAUGGUAACUUGGCCUACAGUGCUAAAGAGAAAGCCGACUUAUUUGGCAUUCUCUUUGCCUCUAACUCGACUAUGGACGAAGGUAAUUCUGUACCACCUACCAUCUUGUGUUGCGGAAGCUCCAUGCCGGAAAUUACUAUAACACAAUGUAAAGUCCGGCGGGAGUUACUAUCCUUAGAUGUUCAUAAGUCGAGUGGGCCAGACGGUAUACCGGCAGUGGUCCUAAAGCAGUGUGCUCCGGAAUUGUGUCCUGUAUUAACGCGUCUCUUCACGAUCUCGUACUCCACAGGGCAAUUUCCUUCGACAUGGAAGACCACCCUUGUACAUCCUGUACCUAAAAAGGGCGAUAAGUCGGACCCUUCAAAUUACAGACCGAUUGCGAUCGCUUCCCUUCUCUCUAAGGUGAUGGAGCGUAUAGUUAACGCACAGCUGUUAAAAUACCUAGAGGAUCACGAUUUAUUGAGUGACCGCCAAUAUGGCUUUCGCCAUAGUCGCUCAACUGGUGACCUCUUGGUAUAUCUUACGCACCGAUGGGCAUCAGCCAUUGAGAGUCAAGGUGAGGCGCUCGCUGUCGGUCUUGAUAUUGCAAAGGCAUUUGACCGGGUCUGGCAUCGGGGUCUUCUAUCGAAAUUGCCCUACUAUGGACUUCCCGACAGCCUCUGUAAAUGGGUCGCCAGUUUUUUAUCCGGCAGACGUAUAAAAACCGUUGUAGAUGGUUGCUGCUCCGAUAGCAUGGAUAUUAACGCUGGCGUCCCGCAGGGCUCUGUGCUGUCCCCAACGCUGUUUCUACUGCAUAUUAAUGAUAUGUUAACCUUCGGUAGCAUUCAUUGUUAUGCGGAUGAUAGCACCGGGGAUGCCCUUUAUACGGGUCGUACCAAUGUCUCCCGUUCCAUCGUGGAGAACAAUCGUGAACAGCUUGUGUCUGAAAUCGAGAGAACACUAACUGGAGUCUCUGAUUGGGGACGACAAAACUUGGUCCAAUUUAACCCCUCUAAGACACAAGCUUGCGCGUUCACCGCUAAAAAAACCCCAUUUGCUGUGGCCCCACAGUUCCAAGGCACGUCUCUUAACAUCUCUAAAAGCAUUGGGAUCCUUGGUGUCGACAUCUCUAGUGACGUACAGUUCCGUGGCCACCUCGAAGAUAAGGUGAAGCUGGCAUCCAAAAAUCUCGGUGUGCUCAAUAGAGCGAAGCAUUACUUCACGCCGGAUCAGCGAUUAAUGCUUUACAAAUCGCAAAUCCGGCCCCAUAUGGAGUAUUGCUGUCACUUAUGGGCGGGAGCACCUAGAUACCAGCUUGAACCCUUCGACUCAGUGCAACGACGAGCUAUGAGAAUUGUCGAUGAUCCCAUGCUUGCAAGCGGUAUCGAACCCUUAAGUCUUAGGAGAGAUUUUGCCUCACUCUGCGUGUUCUACCGCUUAUACAACGGAUUGUGCUCAGAGGAAUUAUUCAAUAUGAUGCCUACGGCCACUUUCUAUCAUCGUACGGCUCGCCAUCGGCAGGGAGUUCACCCUCAUACCUUACAGCCUAAAUGGUCGCGUACAACGCGGUUUCAGAGAUGCUUUCUCCCACGAACACUCAGGUUAUGGAAUGAGCUCCCUGCCGAGGUUUUCCCGAGAGACUACAGCAUGGGGUUCUUCAAAAGGGGGGUAAAGAGGUUUCUUCAGGGUCGGCAACGCGCGCGUAAUACCUCUGGUAUUGCAGGCGUUCAUAGGCUACGGUAACCGCUUACCAUCAGGUGGGCCGUAUGCUUGUUUGCCACCUCAGUGGUAUAAAAAAAAAAAAAAAAAAAAAAAAAAU